AUGCAUUUCACCGCGAUAGUGCCGCUGGUACUGUCCAUAGUGGCAUUUGUACUCUCCUUCCUGGCCCUCUUUGCCGGCCAGAAGGAGGGCUUCAUGGAGGAUUACGACGUGAUCCGCCUCAACACAUCCGGACUCGGUCAGAAUGUUCUGGACGUGAGCUCUGAUUCAUCCGGCGACGAUGGAAGCACCUGGGAUAGGCUAGUCGGUAUCGUCCGCAACAAGACGUCUGACAUUAUCAACGACAUCGGCAACGACAUCGCGGAUCGUCUCGCCGACGAGCUCGGAAUCUCCCACUGGUACUCCCUGCAUCUGAUGGACGUGUGCCAGGGCGACUUUGCGCCCAACGUCACGGCUCCCAACGUCUGGCUCAACGUCUCUGCCUGCACCCAGCCGAAGCCUGGUCCCAAUGUCAACCUCACCAAGAUGCUGGACCAAGAGCUGUCCGUCGGCCCCCUGCGUCUGAGCCUUGCUGACCUCGAUUGGCCCGAUACCAUCGAGGACGCUUUGGACAAAGUCAAUAAGGCUCUGCUCGCCAUCUUCGUUCUCUAUGUCCUAGGCAUCGGUUUCUCGGGUCUCGCCAUUCUUGGCUCUUUUGCUGCUUUCUUCCUUGGUCCCGCCAAGCGUGUGACGAUACCCAACUUCACCUUCGCCAUUCUUGCGGCAAUCGUGCUGUUUGCCGGCAGUUUGGUCACAACCAUCGGUGCCAAGAAGGGCGCGGAGCAGCUCAACGACGUAGGCGAAGACGUUGGUCUAUCGGCAGAAGCCGGCCAGAAGUUCAUGAUUAUCUCCUGGGUCGCCUUUGCAGUCAUGGCCGUCUCUGCCGUCUACUGGGUUACUCAGUGCUGUGUGGCGAGACGAUCAACCAAGAGAGGGUACACUGAGAAGCGCCACAACAAGGGCAGCUUCUAA